CUCUUCUUGCUCUAAGCUGAGCGUCUUUAACGAAGCAGAAUGAGAGAAUAUCGUUUCUUUGGAUGUAUUUCCCCGCUGAUGGCGUGCUUUCCCGAAUAUAGUUAAUUCUGUCGUGCACUUGACGUCUCUGUGUAAUGGGAUAAAUGGUUGCGAAGCAGAUACGGGAAAGAUGUUGAACAGAAGGAGUCCUUUAUGAAUGAAGGUACAUCCAACAGCUAAAGUAAGGAUUCUUUUAUAGAGUCUGUUACAGAGAAGAUGAGUGAUCCUGAACCUCAGCGAGUGAAGCAUGAAGAUACUGAGGAACAAAGAGACCUCAUGGAAGUGACAGAAGAAAGUGAAGAACCCAGUGGAGUGAAGAAGACCAAGGCCAAAAAAUCAUUUACCUGCCAUCUAUGUGGAAAGAGUUCAGGGCGUAAAAACUUUCAUAGGCACAUGAGAAUCCACGCUGGAGAGAGGCUGCACACAUGCUAUGAGUGUGGAAAGAGUUUCAAACGAAAAGAACACCUUAUGAAGCACAUUCAGCUUCACACUGGAGAGAAACCACACUCGUGCCAUCAGUGCGGAAAGAGUUACAUACGAAAAGAAGAGCUGACGAAGCACAUAAGAAUCCACACUGGAGAGAAGCCCUUCACUUGCCAUCAGUGCGGAAAGAGUUUCACAGAAAAUAGAGGCCUUACAGAUCACAUAAAAAACCACACCGGAGAGAAGCCUUACACAUGUAAUCAGUGUGGAAAUGGUUAUGUUAGUAAAGGAUGCCUUAAGGAUCACAUGAAAACCCACUCUGGAGAGAAGCCUUUUACAUGUGAUCAGUGUGGAAAGAGUUUUUUACGGCUGAAGGGGUUGAAACAACACCAGAAAAUACACACCGCUGUGAAAAAUUAUGUGUGUUUUGAGUGUGCAAAGUCUUUUACUGCCGCCGGCGAUUUGGAAAAAGCACGAGAGAAUUCACACCGCGUAAAACCUUACCAGUGUUCGCACUGUGACAAGAGAUUCACUCAGUCAGGACAGCUGAAAAAACAUGAGACAACCCACACUAGAGACAAGUUCAUGUGGGAGAUGUUCCAUCAAACCAUGUCAUCUAACGAUUCAUAUGAGAAAGAAAUCUACCUGAUGGCAAAAGAAAGUGAAGAAACGAGUCUUGUGAAGACACUAAAGAGAACUGGAGCCAAAAAAUCUUUUCCCUGUCCUCAGUGUGGAAAGAGAUCAACAUGUAAAGGAAACUUUAAUAGGCACAUGAGAACCCACACUGGAGAGAAACCACACACGUGUGAUCAGUGUGGAAAGAGUUUCACACGAAGAGAAAGCUUUCAGAGUCACAUCAGCGUUCACACCGGAGAGAAGCUGCACUCUUGCCGUCAGUGCGGAAAGAGUUUCGCACAUAAAUAUAACCUUAAGAGACACAUGCGAAUCCACACUGGAGACAAACCGCACACAUGUGAUCAGUGCGGAAAGAGUUUCUUACAAAAAGCAACCCUUAAGGCACACAUGCAAAUCCACACUGGAGAGAAACCACACACAUGUGAUCAAUGUGGAAAGAGUUUCACACGAAGAGAAACCUUUCGGAGUCACAUCAGAAUUCACACCGGAGAGAAACCACACACUUGCCUUCAGUGUGGAAAGAGUUUCACACAUAAAGAAAACCUUAAGGCACACAUGCAAAUUCACUCCAGAGAGAAACCCUUCACGUGCCAUCAGUGCGGAGAGGGUUUCACUGAAAAAAGAGUCCUUAUGAAUCAUAUCGAAAAUCACACUGGAGAGAAACCGCACACAUGUGAUCAGUGUGGAAAGAGUUUUUCACUGCUAGUUCGCAUGAAACAACACCAGAAAAUACACACCGGUGUGAAGAAUUAUAUGUGCUUUGAGUGUGAGAAGACGUUUUCUAGAGGCGGCGAUUUGAAAAAGCACCAGAGAAUUCACAGUGGAGAAAAACCUUACAUGUGUUCACACUGUCACAAGAGAUUCACUCAGUCGGUUAAUCUGAAAAUACACGAGAUGAUCCACACUGGAGAGAAACCGUACCACUGCCAUCCAUGUGGGAGGAGUUUCCUCCGAGCAAGUUAUCUAAUGGAUCACAUGACAAAGAAUCAUCCAAAGUAAAUAAUAUGAGAUUCAGAUGAACUCAUGAACAGAUCGGGUGGUUACUAACAAGUGUGUUACUGAAGGGCACUCAAAAUAAAAAAGUUUUUAAUUUACUUUAUUAAAAUGAACUAAAGUAACUAAAGUUUUUAUUGCGUUCCAUCCAUUUCAGUUUGUAAAAUGGAAGUUUAUUAAUCUAUUAGAGUUGAGUAUACAUGGAUUUGUUUUGUGGUGUAAAUGUAGCAUUGAUGAAACCGGGCAGGUUUUAGUUCCUAGCGUGUUUUACACGGGACUUGAUGGGGAGAGUAAAUGUUCAAAUGAAGGGUUACUUUGUGUUUAUGUGCGAGAUGAUUAUAAAUGGGUUACUUGUUAGUUAUUAAUGUUUCGUUAUGUUCAGAUUUAGAUGAGUUUCUGUUAUGUUAGAGUUGUGCCGCUUGAGUUUAAGAUGAGGACAGUGAGACGUUUCACAUACUUUCAUUUUUGAGCAAUUGCUGCUAACCAGAACAUAGUUACAAGCUGCACUUUGUAGUGUUUCCCACCAAGAUGUAUUUAGCAUGAGAAUAUGCAUCAUAACUGGCCAGUAUAUAAAGAAAUGAAAAUAAUUAUUAUAAUAAUUUGAGUUUGUUUAACAUGUUUAAUUUUGUUGUGUUUACACAAUUAAAUUAGGUUCCCACUACAGGAUAUAUUUGAGUUGAGAUUACAUAGUAAUUUAAGUUAAGAAAACUCAUUUCAAACAUGUGCAACCACAGUUAAGUCAAGUUAAGACAAACAGAUGUUUUUUUGAGUGCACAAAACCUGUCUUAUGUUUUUUAUUUAAUUGCCACUAUUGUGUUGUUUAUAGUUGUACAGUGUUUUAAAUUAAACACAAAAUAGGAUCAAAAGAGUUCAAAUGUUUUU